GUUUAUAUUGGCCUUCUUUAUUUCAUGAUGCCCGUAACUUUGUUGCUGCAUGUGAUAGAUGCCAAAGAACAGGUAAUAUCUCAUCUAGGAUGGAGAUGCCACAAACACCAAUCUUGGAGGUGGAGAUGUUUGAUGUAUGGGGUAUAGACUUCAUGGGUCCUUUCCCAUCAUCCUACAACAACAAAUACAUUCUCGUCGCUGUCGAUUAUGUAUCAAAGUGGGUGGAGGAAGCCGCAUUACCAACCAAUGAAUCAAAGACGGUGGUGAACUUCAUGAGAAAGAACUUGUUCACCCGUUUUGGAGUGCCACGAGUUGUCAUAAGUGAUGAAGGAACUCAUUUCACAAGUCGUGAGCUGAAUACACUCUUGGCCAAAUAUGGAGUCAAACAUCGCAUUGCCACACCAUACCAUCCACAAACCAGCGGGCAAGUUGAAGUAUCCAACCGCGAAUUGAAGCACAUCUUAGAGACCACCGUUAACUCCUCUCGGAAGGAUUGGUCGAGGAAGUUGGAUGAUGCAUUGUGGGCCUAUAGGACCGCCUAUAAAACCCCAUUAGGCAUGUCUCCAUAUCGGCUAGUGUUUGGCAAAGCAUGUCACUUACCGGUGGAGCUCGAACACAAGGCGUAUUGGGCCAUCAAGAAGUUGAAUUAUGACAUGAAGCAAGCCAGAGAAAAGAGACUCCUUCAAUUGAAUGAGCUAGAUGAGAUCCGCCUCAACGCCUAUGAGAAUGCCCAAAUCUAUAAGAAGAAGACGAAAAGGUGGCAUGAUCAACACAUUGUAAGGCGAGAAUUCAAUGUAGGCGACAAGGUAUUACUCUUCAACUCUCGUCUCCGUCUCUUUCCGGGCAAGCUGAAAUCAAGGUGGUCUGGACCGUUCACGGUGACCAAAGUCUUCCCUCAUGGCGCAAUCGAGAUUCUUGGUGACAAUGGAGUGUUCAAGGUGAAUGGCCAGAGACUCAAACAAUACAUAGAAGGAACCUCCCUGCUAGAGAUCUCCUCUUAUCGCCUAAACUAAGCCAUUCCAACGUCGAGCUAAUGACGUUAAACAAGCGCUUCUUGGGAGGCAACCCAAGGUUUGUUUUUCUUUCAAUUUUUUUUAAUAAUUUCACUUUUUAGGACGUUUGAAUCAUCUCCAUAAAGCUUGAGCUCAAAAUUCGUUGAGGAAGGUAUUUUCCAAUUUUAUAGGUGCAUUGGCAGAAUGCUUUGAUGGAAAUGUGCAGUGGAGAAAUGCUUUCUGCAAUGGAGAAAUGCAGUGUGGGGUGGAAGGCGAUAUUGAUGGACUUGAAGAGCUAAAACGCAAUCAUAAAAAUAAAAGGAGGGACAAUGAAGAGCUUUUCUUUUGUUUUUCUAAAAAAAAACCAAAAAUUACAACAACAAAAAAAAAGAUGAAAAAUAAUUGAAAAGAAAAUCCGAAAAAAGAAAAAAAAAAGAAGAAAAGGAAUUUCGAAAAAAAAAAGAAAAAGAAGAGAGUUGGCGGCGGGUAUUCUCCCGCAGAAAAAAAAGAGGGAAGGAAAAGAAAAAUAAAACAGAGAGCGAGAGAAGAAUUGGCGAGAUUGGAGUCUCGCCUGAAGAAAAAAAAAAUUGAAAGUAAAAAAAAAAAGAGAAAGAGAAGAAUUGGCGAGAUUGGAGUCUCGCAUGCAGAAAAAAUUGAAAAGAGAGAGAGAGAGCAGAAAAACGGAAAAGUGGACAAAAAAAAACUCGGGUUAUUUUUUAUUAAUCCCAUCCCACCUUUUUCUCCCUCUUCUUCUCCCUCUUCGUUCUCUUCUCCGUUCCUCUUCUUCUUCUUCUCCUUCGUUCUUCACCUGUUUUUCCAUAAAAUCCCACAAAAAAA